CACUCUGCUCGAAGGUUUGCUAACCACCCAAGUACUCUAAUAUAUAAAACCUCCUCAGCCUGGAAUUUUCAGAGAACAAAUAUUUACAGCGGAGCGUGCAUCUAUUGCUCCUCGUACCCUCGACCCCAUCUCCAGAGUUUGCCCAAUAUGGCUACGCUCAUAUAUAUCUUCACCUUUCUGCAUCAAUGUCUCUAUUCUUCGCGCCAUGUCAUCCCCCUCCAGAAGAAAUCACCCAUGACAGUACGAUGGGGCGUGCUCGGCUCAACAGCAAUGAUCGACCCUGCCGUACUCAUCGACCCUGCAUUGACACACAAUGAGUGCUUCAUAGUCGGGUUUGCAAGUCCGGAAAAGAAGGAUGCAGAGCAGUUGGUGAGAACAUAUGGACGGGGAAUCGCCAGGGCGUACGAUGGUUACGCAGAGCUGGUCGCGGAUGAGACGAUCGAUGCGGUUUAUAUCCCGUUGCCCAACGGUCUGCAUUAUGAAUGGGCAUCAAAAGCCCUCGACGCAGGUAAACACGUCCUCCUCGACAACCCGAUCACCUCCAAUGCGGAGCAGGCUGGAAAGUUGGUAGCAAAGGCGGAAGAGAAGGGACUUGUCCUCCUGGAGGGAUAUCAUUGGAUGUUCCAUCCUGCGGCAUAUGCGAUCAAAAUGGAGCUCGAGUCUGGUGCAUACGGAAAGAUACUGAGGACAGAAGCGUGGGCGACUACCCUGACCGGGACCGUCCCAAAGGGUGACCCCCGAUGGAAUUAUGAUCUUGCAGGUGGGGCCCUGAUGGACCAAGCCUACGCGAUUUCUGCGACCCGCUACUUCCUCUCCGCAGGUGCCCCAUCCUCAGUCGUUUCCGCGGAAGCACGACUAUCAAAGUCGGAUCCACGAGUAGACAGUUGCAUGGAGGCGGAAUUGGAGUUCGACCUUCCGCAAGGGAAGGUGAAGAGCAAGAUUGUGGCUGACAUGGACCGGCCGAAUUUGGCGUUCCUGGUGCCGAGGCUGUGGGAGCAGCCGAGCAUCGAGAUUGAGACCGAGCGAGCCACGCUCUAUUUCUAUAACUUCACGCUGCCUCAUUUGUAUCACUACAUCGCGAUCACAGACAAGAAGUUUGGGAAGAGGACCUACAAGCAGUUCUACCAAAACCAUUCAGCUUGGUCGCAACACGGAAAAUAUUGGUGGAGCUCAUAUAGGUGGCAGAUUGAAGCCUUCGUGGACAAAAUACGAGGGAGGGAAGUGGCCAUUUGGGUUUCGGGACAAAAUAGCAUCGACCAGAUGACUACCAUUGAUAUGGUGUACCAGCGAGCGGGUUUACCGUUACGCGGAUAACGGAAGGCGGAGGAGGAAAGAUACCUGCGGAUCUUGUAGUUCGGGGACUUCAUGACCCCUCUGCAUCUUGUAUUAUAAAAUCGCAAGU